GAAUCACGCGGGAAAUGGUCUCAUUACCUCCAGACAUUUGCGCAUUAGUAGCAGAAGGGCGAUCCAGGUUCGCUCGAUUAGGUUUGUCCGUACACAUUACUGCCUCAUUUAUUCAUCCUGGUGUGAAGAAUCAAACGGUUUUGGAAAUUUUUAAUGCUUCGAGUCUUACAUUGGCUCUUCAUCCAGGCACUAAAGUUUGUCAAAUGAUUUUUAUGACUAUGGAAGGACAAGCUGAAUAUUCUGGAAUUUUCCAAGGACAGGCUCUAUAA